AAUUUCGCUGCAUUCUCUAUUUUCGUACAACAACUAUGGACUUAUUAGUGAUUAAAAUAAUAGUGUUAUGUACUCUUUUCAUUGGAACUGUAUUGUUCAGUAUGACUCCUUUAAUAUUUAUGAAGCUUCUUCAGAGAAGAUCGUUAUCUGACAGAACAGCUAGAAAAAUUCGUUGUGGAGUGAGUUUAAUUUCCUGUUAUGCUGCGGGUGUUUUCCUUGGCACCUCAAUUUUAGAUUUGUUUCCUAAUGUCCGGGGAAAAUUUACAAAGUUUCUUAGAAGCAAAUUGAUCGAUAGUGAAUUUCCUCUACCUGAAUUCAUAAUUGUAAUUGGUCUAUUCCUAAUGUUGUUUAUAGAACAGACAGUUUUAACAUUCAGAGAAGCAAAGAAGCAUGAAGUUAGAGCUCUGCUACCUGAAGUUGCAGAAAGUGAUCAGGAAGAAUUAGAGUAUAGUAGUUCCUCCCAUGAACGGAUCACGCCUGACACCGCUAUUAAAUCUUCAAUUCAUUCUUUUAUGCUACUACUGGCGUUAUCUUUACAUUCAGUUUUCGAAGGGCUUGCCAUUGGAUUAGAAACAAAUAAAUCUGUGUUAUUUCAGAUAUUUGCCGCAGUUGCUUUACAUAAAUGUAUUUUAGCAUUUAGCUUGGGAGUCAAUUUUAUACAAAGUAAAUUAUCCACAUCUGCAAUUUUUAAAUCAAAUAUUUUAUUUUGCAUAACAUCUCCUGUUGGAAUUACAAUAGGAGUGCUGGUCAAUAGUUUUGUUAGUAAAUCAGCGGAAGGUGCUGUUGUAGAUGGAACCCUUCAAGGGCUAGCCGCAGGCACUUUUUUGUACGUUAUAUUUUUUGAAAUAAUUCCUUUUGAAUUCGGUACCCAAGAGGGCCAGCCAAAUCGGUUAUUAAGAGCUUUGUUUUUGUUUGUUGGUUAUGCUACAAUAUGUGGUAUUAUUCUAAUGCAAAAAUUUUGA